AGUACUACUAGGCUUGUACCUUGAUUGUAGGUCCUGACUUUGAUCCCCAUAUAUAGGCUGAUCUUUACACUGUAGUUUCAGUGACUUUCAUACAAAUUUUUUUUAGACUGAGAACAAAAAAGAUAGUGCCUGCUAAUAUGAGUUUGAUCAAGUCUUUUCCAGUUACAAUCUCCUCUUUUCCAUCUUUCAACAGUGUUUAACAUUUCUUCCCAUUUCCAUCUUUCAACAGUGUCUGCACAUGACAAUUCAAGAUUCAACUGAUAUAUGAUUUAAUGUUCUUAUUUUUUAAGAAAAUCUUUCUAUCUCUCCAGCCUUUCUUUCUUUCCUUAUUCUUUAUGAAGUGAUUAUUGAAAGUUAAUCUCUGGUUCAAUACUCUGCUGGGAGUGAAGAUAUCAAAUUUGGAUUGAAGAAGAAGGCCUUAUCUGCUACUUACAUAGUUAUUUAACCUUUUGGUUAUUUCAAUUUUUUCUACUAUUUAGCUUUUCAGUCGAGCAACAUGUUAGCUUUGCACAAUUGCAGAGGACAGCUGACAAUCUUAAUGUCUUGAGUGAUUAGGCAGAUCGCUAUGAACAAAGUUGGGCUUCUGGUUUUUGUGCUUUUCAGCAGUGAGUUUUUUCCAUUCGGCAACAGUCUGAAUGUUACCACCAGACCCGAUGUUGUGAACAUUGGAGCUAUCUUUUCCUUCAACUCUACUGUUGGUAAAGUUGCAAGAGUUGCCAUAGAAGCUGCUUUGGAAGAUGUGAAUUCUGAACCAGGUGUCCUCAAUGGAACUAAACUGAAGCUCACAAUGCAGGACACAAACUACAGCGGGUUUCUGGGCAUCGUUGAAGCAUUAAAGUUAAUGCAAAAUGAAACAGUGGCGAUAAUUGGCCCACAGCUUUCGGUGACGGCUCAUCUUGUUUCUCACAUCGCAAAUGAGCUCCAUGUCCCUCUACUAUCAUACGCAGCAACAGACCCCGCCCUGUCUUCACUUCAAUACCGGUUCUUUGUCAGGACAACGCAGAGUGAUCUCUUUCAAAUGGCUGCAAUAGCAGAUAUCAUAGAGUACUAUGAAUGGAGAAAUGUCAUAGCUGUCUUUGUUGAUGACGACCACGGGAGAAAUGGAAUCUCUGUACUCGGAGAUAAACUGGAAGAGAGCCGUGCUAAGAUCUCAUACAAAGCACCCAUGAGGCCUGGUGCGACUCGGAAUGAAAUCACCAACUUACUAGUUAAAGUGGAUUUAAUGGACUCUAGGAUUUUUGUUCUUCACACUUACCCUGAUUGGGGACUGGAAGUGCUUGAUGUGGCAGAGAAUCUUGGUAUGCUGGGAUCAGGCUAUGUGUGGAUAGUUACUGAUUGGCUUUCCACAGUCCUGGAUACCUACUCUCCUGUUUCUUCAAAUGUUAUAGCUAACGUUCAAGGAGUCGUUACAUUGCGCAUGCACACCCCGGAUUCAAAACAGAAAACAAAUCUUGUCACUGGUUGGAGCAACUUGACUAGUAGAAAGGCAAGCAAUAGCCCUUUUGGGUUGAGCACUUACGGUCUUUAUGCCUAUGACACCGUUUGGCUGUUGGCUCACGCUAUAGAUAAGUUCUUCAGUCAAGGAGGAAAUAUCUCGUUUUCAAAGGAUUCUAGGUUGACCCAACUAGGACUAGGAGGAGGAAAAUUGCCCUUUGAUGCCUUGAGCAUCUUUAAUGGAGGUGAGCUGUUGCUCAAGAGCAUUUCAGAGGUUAACAUGACAGGGGUGACAGGCCCGAUCAAGUUUACUUCAGAUGGUUACCUCAAUCAUCCUGCAUAUCAAGUAAUCAAUGUUGUGGGAAACGGGUAUAGGAGGAUCGGAUAUUGGUCCAAUUAUUCAGGUUUAUCUAUUGUGCCUCCAGAAAUACUUUACAGGAAGCCACCUAAUCGUUCCAGCUCGACACAACAACUACAUGACGUAAUCUGGCCUGGCCAAACAACACAGAAGCCACGCGGAUGGGUUUUCCCAAACAAUGGAAGGGAAUUGAGAAUUGGAGUUCCUAACCGAGUGGUUUAUCGUGAGUUUGUCUCAUUAGUACAAGGUCCAGACACGUUUGGUGGCUACUGCAUUGAUGUGUUCACCGCAGCUUUGAACUUUUUGCCAUAUGCUCUUCCAUAUAAGUUGAUUCCAUUUGGAGAUGGUCAUAACAACCCCAAAGUCAGUGACCUAAUCAGCCAGGUUUCAGCUGGUGUCUAUGAUGCUGCAGUGGGCGACUUUGCCAUCACUACAAAUCGAACUAGGAUGGUAGAUUUUACACAGCCAUACAUUGAAUCUGGCUUAGUCGUUGUGGCACCAGUCAGGAAGCGAAACCCAAAUGAAUGGGCCUUUCUGAGACCUUUCACUCCAAUGAUGUGGUGCGUUACAGGAAUCUUUUUCCUUGUUGUGGGAGUGGUUGUUUGGAUUUUGGAACAUAGAAUAAAUGAUGAUUUCCGGGGUCCUCCCAAGAGACAGAUCGUUACCGUCCUGUGGUUUAGCUUUUCCACUUUGUUCUUUUCCCAUAGGGAAAGAACUCUCAGCACUUUAGGCCGUGUAGUGCUAUUCAUCUGGCUGUUCAUAGUUUUAAUACUGACCUCGAGUUACACUGCUAGUCUGACCUCAAUCCUUACAGUCGAACAGCUUUCCUCACCUGUUAAAGGAAUUGACAGCUUAAUAUCAACUGGCGAUCCAAUUGGCUAUCAACGUGGUUCAUUUGCUGAAAAUUAUCUCUCAGAGGAAUUAAGCAUACCGAAAUCUAGACUUGUUCCUCUUAACUCAGCAGACGAUUAUGCCAAAGCCCUGAAAGAUGGCCCCAAGAAGGGUGGUGUUGCAGCAGUGAUUGAUGAGCAUGCCUACAUGGAACUUUUUCUCUCAACCCAAUGUGAAUUCAGCAUUGUAGGUAGCGAGUUCAGCAAAAUGGGUUGGGGAUUUGCCUUUCCAAGGGACUCGCAACUAGCAGUUGACAUGUCAACCGCUAUUCUCAAGCUAUCAGAGAAUGGAGAUCUCCAGCGGAUUCAUAACAAAUGGCUUAAAGGCAUUGCUUGCAGAUCACAAGGAACAAAGGAAGAGGUAGACCGCCUUCAACUAAACAGCUUUUGGGGCCUCUUUGUUUUGUGUGGUUUUGCUUGCUUGCUUGCUCUCUUAGUAUAUCUCGUACAGAUAGUGGUCCAGUUUGCCAGACACUACCCUGACUCAGAGGAACUUGCAUCUUCAUCAAGUGGAAGCUCACGCCCUGCACGUAUUCAGACAUUUCUUUCCUUCGUUGGUGAAAAGGAAGAGGUAGUAGUAAGCCGGUCUAAGAGGAGGCAAAUGGAGAGGGCCUCAAAAAGACACAGAAGUGAUGAUGGAUCUUUAAGCAACUUAAACACAAGUGUUAGGAACGAAGUAUAAUACUGUAUGUACAAGGUUCUCUAGAGACCUUUAGUUACAAAGUUUGGGUAUAAAAAAAAGUUGGUCUUUUGCGGCUGCACUGCAGGAUCACUGAAAUUAGUUUUCAGCCAUCUGCGUGUACAUUUGUUGUCAAAUUUCAUGAAAACCUAUUAAGGUGGGUGUAGACUCUAUUUAAUUGAGAUUAAGGUAUGUAAAUGGUUUAGUAGACGGUCAAAAAAAGAUGGCUAAUGGCAUUUGCAAAUUUGUUUACUA